AUGGCGCAAAAGCUUCAAGCAUUGAAACAAGGACGCAAGUCUGUGGAAGAUUAUUACAAGGAGAUGGAUACAUUGAUGGAUCGACUUGAUCUCGAUGAGGACAUGGAGGCUCUCAUGGCGCGGUUUCUUAAUGGGUUAAACACAGAGAUUGCAGACAAGACUGAUUUACAGCCUUAUUCUAAUAUUGAGGAGUUGUUGCACAUUGCAAUUAAGAUCGAGAGGCAAAUCCAAAGAAGAUCUCAACGGUAUUCUUCUAAAACUUUUCCCAAUUCUACUUCUACAUGGAAAAAGGAUAGUAAGAACAUUGAUUAUAAGCAUAGAAAUCCAGAGAUUAAUGAGAAGCCUCAAGCUAAAUUUGAGAAAGGGGAGAGUUCUAGAACAGGGAAAGAAAAAGUAGAAAAGUCUAAUGUUCGAAAUAGGGAUUUAAAGUGUUGGAGAUGUCAAGGGGUAGGACACUAUAGUAGAGAUUGCCCAAAUGCAAGAAUUAUGACCAUCAAGGAGGGAGAAAUUGUUACGGAUGACGAGGCACAUGACGACAUAAAUGAGGAAACUGAUGAGAGUGAGGAGUUUAGCGAAGAGGACCCUACACAUAUAUCUUUGGUUACUCGACGAGCUCUAAACACCCACAUUAAGGAGGACGGCCUAGACCAAAGAGAGAACUUGUUUCAAACUCGUUGUCUUGUUCAAUCUGUACCUUGUAGUGUUGUCAUUGAUAGCGGUAGUUGCACCAAUGUUGUGAGUUCCAUUCUGGUCAAAAGACUUAAUUUGAAGACACAACCACAUCCAAGACCCUACAAGCUUCAAUGGUUGAAUGAUUGUGGGGAAGUACGGGUAACUCAACAAACUCUUGUUUCAUUUACUAUUGGAAAAUAUGUUGAUGAUGUUUUAUGUGAUGUUGUAUCCAUGCAUGUUGGAGAUUUACUACUGGGGAGGCCAUGGCAAUUUGAUCGUCGGGUAAUGUAUGAUGGGUAUGCAAAUCGAUACUCUUUUACUCACAAUGGUAGAAAAACUACUCUUGUUCCAUUGUCUCCAAAAGAUGUAUUUAUUGAUCAUUGCAAACUUGAAAAGAAAAGGCAAGAGGCUGAUGCAAAAGCAGAGAUUGAAAAAGAAUCAAGUGAAAAAAUGAGCUUGAGUGAAAAGCAAGAGAAGUUUGAAGAUUUAUUUUCUGAGGAGAUGCCUAGUAGUUUGCCACCACUUAGAGGGAUUGAACACAAGAUUGACUUCAUUCCUGGCGCGCCCAUUCCAAACCGACCAGCAUAUAGGACUAAUCCAAAGGAGGCUGAAGAGAUACAAAGGCAAGUAAGUGAACUCCUUGCUAAAGGGUAUGUACGUGAAAGUUUGAGUCCUUGUUCUGUUCCAGUUAUUCUUGUACCUAAGAAAGAUGGUUCUUGGCGUAUGUGUGUUGAUUGUAGGGCUAUAAACAAGAUAACUAUAAAGUAUAGGCAUCCAAUUCCUAGAUUAGAUGAUAUGCUUGAUGAAUUGCAUGGAUGUAGUCUUUUUACUAAGAUUGAUUUAAAAUCGGGUUAUCAUCAAAUUCGCAUGCAUAUUGGGGAUGAGUGGAAAGCAAUUAUUAAAACCAAGUAUGGUCUUUAUGAAUGGUUGGUUAUGCCUUUUGGAUUAACUAAUGCACCUAGUACAUUCAUGAGACUAAUGAACCGUGUCUUAUGA